AUGACUGGAAAGUUGGCGCUAGCUUAUCUCGUGACGGCACUCACCGCUGGCGUUCACGCACACGCUGGUAUGGACGACUCGACAUCGUCAAUGUCGAUGUCGAUGCCAAUGUCAACGACAAGCUCAGGGAGCAUGAGCAUGGCUACAAGCUCGAGCAGCUCAUCUAUGCACAUGCACUCGAGCAUGUCGAUGAACACGUACUUGACUCCUAGCUACAAAAACUACCCGGUGCUGUUCGAGCACUUGAAGGCCAAGAACAAGGCCCAGGCGUUCGGGAUCUUUGUGCUUAUCAUUGCUGCUGCAUUCGCCUACAAAUUUCUGCUCUUCGCCAGUUGGUGCUUGGAAGUUAAAUGGUUCAAACAGUGGAAUCCAUCGUCCGCCAGAAAGGGACGUUCUGCGCAAGCCACAGGCCCCACAGAAGACAACGACAACUCCUCUAUGUUGACUGCUCAGAACUACACACAGGACCUGGAGUUCCAGAGCCAGUUCUUGCCCAAAGUGCCCAACUUGUUCGUGCAGAUUUUCUCUCCCUCUGUCAAGGACCUGUUCCACGAUCUCAUUCGUUUGUUGAUCAUUUUCUGCUCCACAAUGCUCAUUUACAUGCUCAUGUUGGUCACCAUGACGUACGUUUUAACGUACGUUUUUGCCGUCAUUCUGGGCGUUGCGUUGGCCGAGGUCUUCUUCAACAGAUGGAAGAUCUGUCUAAUCGCCAGAUGGGAGUUGAAAAGGCAACUGGAGAGAAAACGUAACUGCAAAGGCGGCGAAAUUUGUCCUUGCGACGGUGAAGAGGAGGGCGUGAGCGAGCCAUUGUCUAGCGCUUCAAGCCAUGGCUCGACUGCGAUGGAAAAACCCAGCGCCGCUGGUUUGGUUAACGAAAAAGCAGCCGAAAAACAAGUCAGAAAAUCGUGCUGCGGCCGUCCAGACGCCACAAACGCUUCCCAAUCUGCCGACGCUUGUAAAUGCGAUGGAUCUGAGGCUGAGAACGAGGCUUCAAAAGAGCGUCAAGCUCGCGAACUAUCCACCAACACUGAACAAGCAGGAGCUAUGGACGUCAACCUAAUUCCAGCCGAAAAAUUCAGUUGA